GACGCUGAAUUAUCGGCUAAACAAGCUGAAGCAGCGAGGAAACGUGAACAAGACAUAGCCUCAGGCCGUGUCCCGAUGAAUGGCCGAGAGCUUUUCUUGCACGAGCCUUGGCAUUAUAUCAAACUCGAUUUGGAUGAACAGAAAUCUCUUUCUUGCUUCGUCAAUAUGGGUCGGGUGAAAUUGGAAAUCAAGAAAAUCGAGAACAACACGAAUCGACAAGUUACGUUCUCAAAACGUAGAAAUGGUUUGAUUAAGAAAGCUUAUGAAUUGUCGAUUCUCUGUGACAUCGACAUUGCUCUUAUCAUGUUCUCUCCCUCCAAUCGUCUCAGCCUCUUUUCCGGCAAAACUCGAAUCGAAGACGUUUUCACAAGAUUCAUCAAUCUUCCUAAUCAAGAACGCGAGAAUGCUCUAAACUGUCCCGACCAGGGUAGAUACCCGGACAUUCAAAGCAAAGAGUAUCUACUCAGGAUUUUGCAGCAACUCAAGAAUGAAAAUGACAUCGCUCUUCAACUCACAAACCCUGCAGCCAUCAACUCCGAUGUCGAGGAACUUGAGCAAGAAGUUUGUAGGUUACAACAACAACUCCAAAUGGCAGAGGAAGAACUAAGGAGAUACGAACCGGAUCCAGCAAGAUUCACGAGCAUGGAGGACUAUGAAGUUUGUGAGAAGCAACUUGUCGACACGUUAACACAUGUUGUUCAACGAAGAGAGCAUCUCUUGAGCAGCCAUUUAUCUUCAUACGAAGCAUCUACUAUGCAACAAAGCAUUGGAGGUCCUUUUGUGAACGACGUCGUCGAUGGCUGGUUGCCUGAAAAUGGGCCUAAUCAAUCCCAUCUAUUUGAUGCAUCGGCCCAUUCUAAUCAACUAAGAGAAUUAUCAUCGGCAAUGUACGAGCCCUUGUUGCAAGGGAGCAGCUCAAGUUCGAACCAAAACAAUAUGAGUGAAUGCCACGUAGGCAAUCAAAACGGUGAAAUGUUCCCUGAGUGGGCCCAGGCGUAUUCAUCCUCGGCCUUGUUCGCUUCUAUGAACCAGCAUGGAGGUGUGGGUCCCAUCAUAGAGGAGAUGAUGCCAGGUCAGCAAAGCGAAAUCCCGGCCGUGACGACGGAGGCACAACAACCUAAGCAUGAAGUCGUCGCCGACUAUGAAACAAGGGUUCCCCAACUCAGUAGCCAAUAAUUUCAAAACAUAAUUCUAAUUUAUUAUUAUUUUUUAUCUAUUUAUAUGUUUUUCCACCCAUUUUUUUUAUAUAUAUGUGACGAUGCUGAAAAAAAG